AUGGAUUGGCAUCAUAUCGACGUCCUCGGGGCUCGGGGAUGGGCCGAGGGCCGAGUGCUCUUUGCUGGGGACGCCGGCAGCGCCACACCACAGAUAUCAGGUGGGCUGCAGACCCCUCCCUGGGGCCUGACCCAUCUGCCCUCGCCCGGGCCCUGCAUGGCUGGACUUUGCCAUCAGAACCAGCCGGUCCCUGCAGAGGGCGAGUCGGGCCAGCCAGGCCUGUGGCACCAGGAGUCCGAGCCACUUCCCCUGCAGGCUGCCCCUUCCUCCGUGGACCCCCACGCCCUUCCCUGCACUGUGGCCGACCAGUGCAGCGGAGGCAGCAACCUCUUCACAGAGCUGCAGGAGAACAGCCCCCACGGCACCUUUGUGGCCAACCUGACGGUCUUCGGGGAGCCCGAGAGCAGCAGCCUCCGGCUGGGUCUAACCGGCGCCGACGCUGGGUGGUUCUACCUGGAGGGGAAAACCGUGCGGCUGAGCGUCUCGCCAGGGGCGUCGCUGGACAGAGAGGCGCUGGAGUCCCCCGUCCUGAUGGUGGCGCUCACCUGCUCGGAGGAUGGCUUCUCUCCGGUUGAGUACAGGAUCAUCGUCCAGGUGCUGAAUGAGAACGACAACAAACCCCGGUUCCUGGAGGACUCCGUCCUGACCCAGAACAUCAGUGAGCUGGCGGCGGUGCACUCGGUGGUGUUCACCACCCGGGCGGAGGACAAGGACGGAGACACCCUCAUGUAUGUGAUUGACAGCACCUCGGCCGAUGGCAAAUACUUCCGGAUCGACCUGCCCAACAGCGGGAAGAUCGUGCUGGCCAAAGCGCUGGAUUUCGAGACCAAGCGCCACCUGGAGUUCAUGGUCCACGCCGUGGAGAUGAACACCAAGGAGAGGUACAACUCCUCCGCCAGGAUCCGCGUCAACGUGCUGGACGGGGACGACCAGUACCCCCGGUUCCUGCCGUGCAACUUCCUGGCGCACGACGGAGUCAGCGUGUGCGUCAGCCCCGUCUACACGGCAAACGUCACCGAGCGGGAGGUCACGGUGGGCCCUCUGCACUUCGUCCCCGGCUUGGUCUAUGCGGAAGAUGGGGACAGGGAGCUGAAGGCUGCCAUUACCUACGCCAUCCUCGCAGGGACGGACCACGGCAGGUUCCACAUCGACAACGUGACGGGCGCCAUCACUAUGCUGCGGCCUGUGGAGAGCCGGAGCCACACGCCCGCCUUCAGCCUCAGCGUCAUGGCCGCGCAGGUGAACGACGCCAACAAGUACGUGGUGACGGAGGUGCGGGUGAGGGUCCUGGCCGCCAACGCGCACCCGCCUCGCUUCAGCCGGCCCCGGUACCAGGCCUUUGUGCGGGAGGAGCCCGGCCUGGCCGCCCUGGUGCUGACGUACAGCGGCCGGGUGCUGACGCUGCAGGCCGCCGACGCCGACUUCCCCGACGGCUUCAACCCAAAGGUCCGGUACAGCCUGACGCCCCAGUCCAACCACACCCAGCUCUUCCAGAUCACAGCGAGCGGGCUCCUUGUGGCCCGGGCCGACCGGCUCCGUGCCCUCCAGCAGUACUUCCUUCAGGUCAUCGCGCGAGACGAGGAAUCAGGGGAGACCACCAACACGACGGUCAACGUGGAGGUGCUGCGGCCGGGCCAGGCAGCCCCCGUGGACCCUUCCGAAGCCGGGCAGAGCCAGGGCCCGCUGGACGUGGGGAUCCUCGCUGGCAGCCUGGGGGCGCUGCUGCUGCUCACCGCCGCCAUCCUCCUCCUCCUCAUGCACGCCAUGAAGAAGAGGCAGCGCCAUCAGCAGGCCCUGGAGAGGGCCUCCCUGGCCAUCGAGAAGCACCCCAACGUGAGCUUAAAGUGGUUCCAGCCGGUCAACGCCGGGAAGUCGGGCCCCCACCCCGGCAACGUUUACUUUCAGAACGAAGGCUACAGCGACCUGGGAGACGCAACGCCGGAGAGCGCCGGGGGCUGGGUGGGGAGGAGCGAGCCGGCUGAGACCAGCAAGGCGAACCCCCUGGCCAAUUCCGUGGGGAAGGCCGACGGCUUGAUGGGAGUGCGGAGCGGGGCAGGGUUAGCGUCCACGGAGAAGGGAGACAGCGCCGCGGCCACGCUCCCCAACGGGCAGACGCUCGAGCCGUCGGGGUGUAAAGACACCUGCCAAGACGACCAGGCACCACCCAGGAAGUGCAGCGCCAGCGCGGAGCCUGGUGCCGAGGAGGGCACCGCGGAGUCCCAGCCGGCAGGGGAGAAGGAGGAAGAGCCCCCGCCGCACGACUCUCAGCCAGGCAGCCAGGAAAAGCCAACAGAGGCUGGGGCGGGAAGCGGGGAGACGGAGGUGGGGACGAGCAAACCUUUACCAGCCAGGCCGCAAGCUGCUGCAGGCCAGGGGGACGCAGGCUGGAGUGAACAGGAGCCGCUGCCCACCAGCCAACCCCUGCCUAACUGCACUGCCAGCGAAGGGGGCUCUCCGGCCGAGGGGGCCCAGGCGACUAGCCAGAGCGCCGCUCCCUCCAGUGCCAGCCACGCCGACGCCAGCCACGCCGACGCCAGCCACACCGACGCCAGCCACGCCAACGCCAGCCACGCCGACGCCAGCCUCCAGCCUCCGGCCCCGAGCGGGCAGCACGAGCCCCCGCCCAAGCUGCCGGUGCUGGAGGAGGUGAGCGAGGAGACGCUGGAGGAGGAUGGCCCCAAUCCCGGAGCGCCCACGUACCAAGACCCCCUGGCGCCCUUGCCCAUCAGCGACCUCCGGAUGCCGGUCACGUUGAUGCAGCUCCUGGAGGAUUCCAUAGAGUGUUAA